CCAAGCCACAAGCUACAAAAUGCAGCCCCUGGAGUGAGCGGGGAGCGUUCUCGCUGGCAGCCUGGGCCACGGGCAGUCGGAGCCGCGGCCGAGCAGCCAGCCUCUUGGAAAGAGCUCGCCGCCGUCCCCGAAGCCGCCCGCUGAGGCCAGUGUGGCGGCGCUGUCCGGCGGCGGGAGAGGGAAGCUGCCGGAGAGGCGGCGGCGAGCGAGCGCGGCAGCCGGCCAGCCCGUGGCGCAGCCCGGCAGCCACGCGAGCUCAGCGCCCGCACGCACGCACGCACGAUCCGCGGCUCGCGCCUCGCUUCGCCUCGCCUCCCGCCCGGUCUCCCCGGCCUCCCCGCCCCCUGGCCCCCGGCUGCCGCGCGGCGGCAGAGGAGCAGCAUGAAUCUGCGGCGGUGCGUGCAGGCGCUCCUGCUGCUCUGGCUCUCCCUGACCGCGGCGUGUGGAGGGCCCCUGCUGCAGCCUUCUGAUGGGAAUGGGCUGGAGGAAAGCAAUGUCCGCCACCUGGUGCAGCCCAGAGGGUCGAGGAAUGGACCAGGGCCAUGGCAGGGAGGUCGGAGGAAAUUCCGCCGCCAGCGGCCGCGCCUCUCCCACAAGGGCCCCAUGCCUUUCUGAAGCAGGACUGAACGGGUCCCUGAGUACCCACCCCCUGCAACUCUCACCAGUCCAUAGAUUGGUCUUCUUCUCUGGAGCCCUCACAUCCAUUCGCCUCUCAUCUUGCACCUGUCCUUGCUGCUGAUGGUCCCGGCUCUUCUCACCCACCGGCUUCCCCAAAUGGCGUGAUCCUGCCCCUAGUUGGGAUGAUUCCCUUUCUCUCCAAUGGAUCCAUUCAGCCCCUCUUCCUGGCUCUUCCCUAGACUGAUUUUGGAGACCCAGCACUGGAAGGCCAGCCUUCUCCUACCCCACCCCCCUUCCUCUAGUCCCCACCUCCUCCCAUCUAACAGCCCAAGCUUCACCCAGCCCAUUCUUCCUCGGGCGUGCUCUGCGGGCUGGGGGGAAACACUCCCUUCUUCAGUGGGCCUCAGCAGAUCCCAGGCUUUCCAGUCAGGUGGACCCUUCACCAGGCAAGGAGCCUCUGGUUAGAGGGGCUGGGGCAUCAGGAUGCAGACAGGUGCCUGGGGAGGGGCAUUGGAAUGGGGGUUGGUUCUCUGGUGAAGGGGAGAUGGGAGGCAUUGGAGAAGAGGAGGGAUAGCUGCUGUGGCCUUUCCUUCAUCCCAUGUUUGGCUUAAGGAAGAGGCAAAGGAGAGGGGCCAUGAAGUACUUUGUUACCUCUCUCACCUUUCUGUGUCUCCUAACACUGCCCCCCACCCCACCCCCAACUCCUUCCCUCCCUUGCCAGCUAGUUUAAGCUCUCACUCAGGAGAUGGCUCUGUACCCUCCCAGGAGCAAAAGCCAAGCAGGAGUGUUUUUUGCCAAGAAUCCCAAUACCAGCGCCAAAAGGAACCUUGGUGAUCACUUAGCUCCGCCUUCUUAUGCAAACUCCUGCAAAAAUGGACCUGGAGAGGGAUAGUGACCUAGUCAGGGUCACUGCAGAGCCAGAAUGAGGACCCAGGUCUCCCGCCCCCAUUUGAUGAUGUCCUCUUCCCUCUUAAUGAUAUCUUUUCAGAACACAUUAAGUGCCUUUCCCAAGGUUGGGGCUGGGGGUGGCAGGGAAGGGAGAAGCAAGCCAGCUAUGAACUGCCCCGUGGUGGUGUGGGGAAUGAGCUGCUCCCGCCUCCCUGGCCUGCCCCUGCCAGUCCAUUUCCCAACUGGGGAUGGAAAGUUCCAUAACUUGCCAGCUGCCCCCAUUCCUGCAGCACUUCCAGACCCCAGGUAUUCUUAUAGGGGCAGCUCAGGUACUGAGGCUACUGUUCCAACCCCAACACUGGUUGUCAGAAGCCAGAAGGUAGCCUUCAGGAAUUGGACUCAGUAGCCUUCCCUUCAUGUUGACUGGACCUUCUUUCCCAGGGGCCUUUCCUUAGGGGAUGGGCAAGGGGGAGAAGAAGGAAGGGAGGGAAGGAAGGAGAGAAGGAAGGAAGGAAGGAAGGAAGGAAGGAAGGAAGGAAGGAAGGAAAGAUGGGAGGAAGUAUAGGUCCGAGUAGGCUUCCUUCUCAGAGGCCUCCCAGGGGAGACAAGAGCCUGAUGGCCACCUAUGUAUGUGUGGGGACAGGGGGAGUCAGGGCCCCCCGAGUCCCACAGUAAUCCCAAUAUUGCCUAACCGCCUCUCCCCCUUACCUCCGCUGCUGCUAAUGCUACUGCUGCUGCUGCUUCAAGGCCCACCCUGAGGAGCCAGUCUGGGCACCUGCUUCCCCCUACACCCCUCAGGCUGGGAGUGGGGGCUGGCCAGUGUCCAGAAAGCCUCUUCUGCCACUGAUGCCCCCACCAGGGAUUGGGUCUUCUUUCCCUUCCCCCUCUCUGUGUCUCCUGCCUCAUCAGCUGCCCAGCCCCAUGGGGAAAGGGGGAAAGCUGGGGAAGGUCCAGAGACACAGGGUGGAAGAGGGCAGUGGGGGGCUGGGGGACCGUCUUAUUUAAAAUGGUUGUGUAUGAUUCUUAUACUAAUUUAUACAAAGAUAUUAAGGCCCUUUUCAUUAAGAAAUUGUCCCCUUCCCAUAAUUAUGUUCACUGUGUUUGUAAAGAUUGUUCUGUGUAAAUAUGUCUUUAUAAUAAAGAGUUAAAAAGUUGACAAUUCACCCUUACUCUUGGAGGUCAUAUUCAGGAGGGGCAUUCCUGUCCCCUGAGGUCCAUGGUUGUCCCCAUGCCCACAUAUCACACUUGCGCGGAGGUAAGUGCCUGCAUCCCUAAUCGAUUCCAGGUCAAAUGGCCUUGAACCAAUUUGCCACAAAUUCACAAAAGGACUCUCUAUGCUUAAUGACUGGUUCACAUAACAGUCCACUUUUAAAUGUUUUGGCGUCUGUUUGGAUGUCCUUUUCUUUUUUUCUUCAGUGUCAUUUAAAGAUUUUUAAAAAGCAGUUUAUUUAAGGACAUUCUGGUUAAAGGUGGGAUUUCUGCUAAAAUGUGUCUUAUAUCCUUGGUGGGUGUCUUCUAAUUUUAUCUACUUUUGAACACUUUCGGGACUUUUUAGCCAGUUUGCCUUUCUUGAAAAUUGUUAUGUUUCCUGCAAUAAGUACAUUUGGUAAUGACUUUGUAUGUAUCAUUUUACGUUUCACAAAAUAGAGCUGCUUGAUGAAUGAGAACGCCUGAAAAAUAAACUGCAAGGAGUUCAAUACA